GUCGCGACUUCACACUCGUGGGAAUCGUGGUAUAGCGAAUUAAUUUGUCGGUUAGUUUACCAAGAAAUUCUGUGCAACUCCUCCAAAAUGUUCCAAAAAUCUGCUGCUGUCCUCUUGGCUCCUGCCAUCCGUAAUGCCAUGCAACGUCGUUGCCAAUCGGUGAUUUCAUCCCCACCAACCCAAAAAGUUUCCUCCGCUGAGAAACUUGUCCUGGGCGGUGGCAUGUUUGUGUCGACCUUGAUCAUUCCUGCCUGGGUUUUGUAUCACAUCCGUGAAUACCGUGGAUUGAAGUAAAUUGCCGUCAUCCAUACCCAACGGGAGACAGCCAACAGAGCUUUAUUAUUUAGUUAAAAGAAAAUAUGUGUUAUAAGAUAGUAAAGUUGGAGUGAAAAUUUUGAUUGGUAACUUAAAAUAAAAACAAGUAUUUUCCAAUCAAAAGGAAGUGCACGAA